CAGGUUGACAGCCCUCGCAGCUUUUCCUUCUCCUACUCUCUCUCUGUUUCUUCUCUUGUGCAUAUAUAUGUGCAGGGAGUUGGAGUUCUCUCUUGUUUGGGGGUUGCAUGGGGAGUUCUGCAGCUAUGGAGAUGGAUGAUGAUGAGUAUGCUAAGCUCAUUAGAAGGAUGAAUACGCCAAGGGUUGCAAUAGACAAUGAUUCUUGUGAAAAUGCGACUGUUAUUCGGGUGCAUAGUGUCAACAAGCAUGGAAUUCUCCUAGAAGUAGUCCAAGUCCUCACUGAUCUGAACCUUAUCAUCACCAAAGCUUACAUAUCCUCAGAUGGGAGUUGGUUCAUGGAUGUCUUUAAUGUGACGGAUCGUGAUGGGAAUAAAGUUUGGGACGAAGAGAUCAUCUCCUGCAUACAAACAUCCGUAGAAUCGGAUGCUUGCUUCUUCCCCACCCUCAGGAAUUCGGUCGGCGUGAUGCCCUCCAAAGAGCACACAUCAAUUGAGCUAACAGGCACCGAUAGGCCUGGCCUACUUUCUGAAAUAUGUGCUGUGCUCACGGACUUGAAUUGUAAUGUGGUGAAAGCUGAGGUCUGGACUCACAACGCCAGAGCUGCGGCGGUGGUUCAUGUCACCGAUGAGUCCUCAAGGGGUGCAAUCGAGGACCCUCGGAGGCUCUCCACAAUCAGGGAGCUCCUCUGCAAUGUUCUCAAAGGGGACAACACUUCAAGGACUGCCAAGAUGAUGGUCUCGGCAGGGCUCACCCACACAGAGAGGAGGCUGCAUCAGAUGAUGUUCGAUGAUCGGGACUAUGAAAGACUCGGCGCGUCCGGGGAGGGAGAUGAGAAAUCUAGGCCUCAAGUUGCAAUAAUGGACUGCUCUGAGAAGGAUUACACUAUAGUUAUUUUGAGGUCGAAGGACCGGCCCAAGCUCUUGUUCGACACUGUUUGUACACUCACAGACAUGCAGUAUGUUGUGUUUCAUGGAACAGUCCACACAGGAAGUGCAGAAGCUUAUCAGGAAUACUACAUAAGGCAUGUUGAUGGGCUUCCUAUAAGCUCAGAGGCUGAAAGACAGCGCGUUAUUCAGUGCCUUGAAGCAGCUAUUGAGAGACGAGCAUCAGAAGGGUUGGAAUUGGAAUUGAGGACAGAGGACAGGGUUGGUCUUCUCUCAGACAUUACUAGGAUAUUCCGAGAGAAUGGCCUGCGCAUAAGGAGAGCAGAUAUAUCGACGAUUGGGGGCAAAGCAGUGGACACCUUCUGCCUUUCUGAGAUGUCAGGCAACCCUGUCGAUGCCGAGACCAUCGAUUCAUUGCGUAGGCAAAUUGGUCAGACAAUUCUGAAGGUGAAGCAGAAUCCCUGGCCUCCUACUAAACCUCCUGAGGCUGCGAGCACCACCGGAUUCCUCUUGGGAAAUUUCUUCAAGGUCUGUUCAUUUCAGAGCUUCUGGUUGAUUAGAUCCUACUCAUGAACUUGUUUCGCACUCAUCAAACAUGAUGCAUAUGCAAAAAGGAAUUUAGAUGUAUAGCCAGCACUACAAACAAUAGCCAUAACACCACUCUGUAAAUAGCUACACCUUCCAAAUAUUAGACAUUGGAAGCUGGAUUCCAACUAUGGAGAAAAUUGUAUAGGAAUGUGACCUUUAUCCUUUAGUUCUUAAUUGCACACAUGUAAAUAGAUACUACAUGGUUUGUAAUCCAGAGAAAAAGAAAAAAGGAAAAACAAAAAGAAAUGAUUUACUUGGCUUGUAAAUGAAAUAUACAUUUGUUAAUAUAACGUUGUAUCAGUUUAUUAUUUA